GUGUCACCAGUAACAGACCCUGAAAUACAAACUACAAACCUAAGUCUGGUCUCGUGUCACAAGAUCUAUACGGGCAGCUCCUUCCUCUCAUAAAAUCUUGUCCUAUUUUUUUGUUGUCAAAUCAGCCUGCACCAGUGGAGAAGACACAGCCUUCAGGAGGACAAGUGGUGAUUUAUUCAUGAUCAACUGGUUUCUGUUCAUGCUGCCGAAGGCAAACGCUUUGAGUCGCAGAUUCGCAAACAAGUGUCAGUGCUGGGAAAGGUGAUUGUCAGCAUCAUGGGAGACUGGAACCUGUUGGGGAAGCUGCUGGAGAGCGCCCAGGAGCAUUCGACCGUGGUGGGCAAAGUGUGGCUGACUGUGCUGUUCAUCUUCCGCAUCCUGGUGCUGGGGACCGCCGCCGAGAAAGUGUGGGGCGACGAGCAGUCGGGUUUCACCUGCGACACCAAGCAGCCCGGUUGUCAGAACGUCUGCUACGACAAGACCUUCCCCAUCUCCCACAUCCGCUUCUGGGUGAUGCAGAUCAUCUUCGUGUCCACGCCAACGCUCAUCUACCUGGGCCACAUCCUGCAUCUGGUGCGCAUGGAGGAGAAAGUGAAAGAAAAGGAGAAGGAAUUUGAGAAUGAAAAGGCCAAGAAAGCGCCGAUUAAGGACAAUCUAGGGCAUGUGCGGCUGAAAGGUGCCCUGCUGCGAACGUACGUCCUCAACAUCAUCUUCAAGACUCUUUUUGAAGUGGCUUUUAUCGUAGCUCAGUACUUCCUGUAUGGCUUUGAGCUCAAGCCCAUGUACACGUGUGACCGCUGGCCGUGUCCCAACGUGGUCAACUGCUACAUCUCCAGACCCACGGAGAAGACUAUCUUCAUCCUCUUCAUGCUGGCCGUGGCCGCCAUCUCGCUGCUGCUCAAUCUGGUGGAAAUCUACCAUCUUGGCUUCACCAAGUGCCACCAGGGUCUCCGCUACAGGCGCUCGCAGGCCGCCAUCAAGGCCGCCAAAUCGCCGGAUGAGCCCACCAAGCCUUUCGUCCCCAACUACAACUACUUCUCCGCUCGCACCACUGUGCCCGAAGCAUUCCCGAUGGAGGCCAAGUACAACAUGGAGCAUGGACCCUACAGCAGCAAGGCGGUGUACAAGCAGAACAGAGACAACAUGGCCGUGGAAAAGAAAGGAAAAGUGGACGGAGAUGACUUGCAGGAGAGGAAAAGGUCUGCGUCGGUUAUUGAGACGUCCAUAGAAAGCACGCGCAGAAGCAGCCUAUCCAGCAAGCACAGCAAUAACAAGAGCAGGAUGGAUGGUCUAAAAAUAUAAAGACAAGUUUCAUUAUGGACAUGCCACACAGAAAAACAGCUUCGUUUAAAUUGUUCUUUUCGUUUAAAAUGUGAUUGACAGUUGUGAAGUCCAUAUGUACUGUUUAUUAGGUGUGUCAAAAAAAAUAGAUUUUCGAAUA